AUGGGCGACAUGACCAAGAAAGGCGUAGUGGUCGGUGGGUCAGUGGCUGGCCUGAUGGCGGCCGUUGUCCUCCGGGACGCCGGAUACUCGGUAACAGUGCUAGAGCGCAUCGCCGAGGUGGAGUUUCUCGACCGCGGCUCGGGAUUGGGGAUCCGGGCCGAAGUGUCGGAAUUCUUCGACGUCUAUGGCCAGUCGGACGUGUAUCUGAAGACGGCGCUCGGCGGCGCUUUCGUUACCGUCAUGAAACAAGAUGGCUCGAUUGAUGGCAAACUCCCGCUGGCGCAGCGAACCAAGUCGAGCAGCUGGAGUUCGCUCAUGGAUAGUCUGCACGCCUUGUUCAACGAUUCUUCCAGAGGGAGCGGGGAGAUUCUUUACGAAACAAAGGUUGUUGACAUAACAGAGAACAAAUCUGAAAAUAAUGUUUCGGUCGUUCACGAGACUGCCGAUGGUUUGCAAACCAUCCCCAACGUCGAUAUUGUUAUAGGAGCAGAUGGAUCCAAUAGUACCGUCCGAACCCUCAUGAUGGGUCCGGUUCCUAGAACUCAGGCAGGUUACGUCUGCAUACGCAGCCGCUGUCCUGGAAGCGUCCUGAGCGACGACUUUGCCGCACUCUAUCCCGAUUCGGCCAUGGGGCAGGUCAAUGAUGGUAUCAGUCUCACGUCGUAUCUCAUUCCAAGCAAAACCAGUUCCACAGGGGGCAAGCCCGACGUGCUGAUAGCUUACUACACCCACAUGACUCCUGACGCUAUUAGAGAGCACUUUCUUGGUGUUGACGGGCACCAGUACUCGCACAGUCUCCCGGCAGGCCAGCUCCGACCUCAUCUGCUCCAACCUUUAAAGGAUCGCCUGCGUGGAGUAUUGUGCCCGCAGUUCCAGAAGAUUAUAGAUGCUGUGCCGGCCGAAUCAGUCCUGAUACAAGCCGUAUCGGACUUGAGAGCGGGACAGAAUAGUUUCCUUGAUGGCAAGGUCCUACUUGUCGGUGAAGCGCAAUCAGUCACUCGAUCGCAUACGUUUCGAGCUACCGCAUCGUCUGCUUUCCAGGCCAUGCUUCUUACUCCUGUGUUGCAGGGCACAAGCCAAAUUUUGGAUUGGAGUAAGACUUGCUUGGAGUAUACGGACCUACUCCGUAGAGAGGCGAUAGAAGUCGGCGAGAUUUUGAUAGGAGCCAACCAUUUUGAAGGGGUGUCGGCAUGGAUUGCUCAGAACAAAAUCAUGAAGGAGACAGAUGAGAAGUGUAUGCGCAUCAAAGAAGAGGCCUUGAUACGCACUCGGGAGCGAUAG